UUCAAAUUUGUAAGGCUAAAUUUAAGUUUCAGGAGUAAAAUUGCACAUUCAAGGAGUUCGGUGUAUUUGGCUAAUUAGAUUUGCACAAAUUAGAGCAUUAUUCAUAAUAGAGAAGUAUAUACAUAUGAAGCCAAACUAUGAAAGCUGCAGUAUCUUUGCUGCGUAAUCAUUUGGGAUUCGCGAGAAUACAUGCGAAAGCGGCACCUUUGGAUAAAUAUCCUUUAAGGGGCAACCCUUUGGAAUCAAUAAUCUCCUCCUGUCACAACGAAUACCAUAGACCGAGAUGUCGAUUUGUUCAAUAUAUACGAUCCGGAGACACACAUAAGAGAUUGGGAAUGGUCUCUGAGAAUGGGUGCAAAAUGAUUGAAUUGUCCAACUUAACUUGUGCCGCGACAGACAUGGUGCAGUUCAUACAGCAAAGGUAUUGCAUGGACAGUCUUCUCGAUAGCUCACAGUUCCUGGAAGUGAACGACGUGAUGGAGGAUCUUCGGCUGUUGCCUCCAAUUGAUGCACCGGUCAAGAUCAUUGGUGUUACGUGCAACUAUUACGACAGCUGCAAUGAGCAAAAUCUUCGAAUACCAAAAUUUCCAGAAUUUUUUGUUAAAUUUAACACCUCAAUAACUGGAGCUCUGGACAACAUACGUGCUCAUCAUGUAGCCAAGCGCAUUGAUUAUGGCUGCCAGUUAGCCGUGGUCAUUGGCUGUAAGUGCCGUAAUGUGCCACGGGUCGAGGCUAUGGGCUGUGUUUUUGGCUAUAUGAUUGCUCAGGAUAUUACUGCACGGGAUUGGAAUGUAUUACUUGGUGGUCAAACAUUGUUGGGUAAAUCCUUGGAUUCCUUUUGUCCAUUGGGAUCGGUUAUUGUGCAUAAAUGUCAUGUGCCUGAUGUGAACAAUUUGUGGAUUAAGACUAUUGUCAAUGGUAAGGAACGACAAAGCGGCAAUACAAGGAAUAUGAUUUUUAAAAUAGACUACAUUAUACAUCGACUCUCUCAGUUUAUGACCCUCUGCCCUGGUGACAUCAUUUUAACUGGAACGCCAGCUGGUGCCGGCGCUUAUCAAACUCCGUCGAGCUUUCUCAAGCCAGGUGAUCUUGUCGAGAGUGAAAUACAAAAAUUAGGAAAAAUGCGAAAUAAAGUAGUCAAUCCUUAUGCAUAAAUUCAAUAA